AUGUCCACAAUGGUCGAUGCAUUGACAAAAUUAUGUUUCAUGAUUAUUUGCAUGUGCCAAGCUUCGUUGUGUUAUUCAUUAUCGUUUCAAUGGUUAAAAUCGCACUCGAACCAUCGUUGUGAUGAUGAUCGUUGUCAACAAUUUCAAACUAUAUUGCAAAACGUUGAUCAUUUUGGUUUUUUCAAUACGGAUACAUUCACACAACGAUAUAUACUAAAUAAGGACUAUUGGCAACAUGGUCAGCCCAUUUUUUUCUAUACUGGCAACGAAGGUGACAUUGAUCUGUUCUGUGGCAAUACUGGUUUCAUGUGGGAUAUUGCGCCGAAAUUUCAUGCAAUGGUUGUCUUUGCGGAACAUCGUUAUUAUGGUCAAUCUCUACCAUAUGGAAAUCAAUCGUACUCGAACCCGGAAUAUAUGAGAUAUCUAACAAGUGAACAAGCAUUAGCUGAUUAUGCAUAUUUACUUGAUCAUAUUCGAACUUCGGUUGCGGGCACGGAACAAAGUCCAGUCAUUGCUUUCGGUGGAUCCUAUGGUGGGAUGCUAGCCGCCUAUUUUCGAAUGAAAUAUUCUCAUAUAGUUGUUGGCGCUCAUGCAGCUUCAGCUCCUAUUCUUCAAAUGGCAACACCCUGUGAAUCGUUCACUCGUAUUGUGACAGAAGAUUUUCUAAGCGAAAGUUCACAAUGUGUCGAUAUAAUUCGUUCAUCAUGGCACGCUAUCGAUCGCAUUGGACUACUUCCCGGUGGCCGAGAACGUCUUUCCAAGUUAUUUAAACUUUGUCAUCCAUUAAAAUCAAUUUCAGAUUUAAAAAAUUGGCUAUUUGACAUGUAUGCCAAUCUAGCUAUGGUAGAUUACCCAUAUCCAACAUCCUUCUUGGCUGAUCUACCAGCGUUUCCUAUCCGAAUAUUUUGUGCUAAUGUCACUUCCACAUCAAGCAAAACUCUCAGUACCGAUGAAGAAAUUGUCAAGCGAGUCGUCAAAGGGGUGAAUGUCUUUUUUAACUACACUGGUCAUACGCAGUGCUUGGAUAUUGGUUCGGAAGGUACACGAAGCCUAGGUGUGCUUGGAUGGUCGUAUCAAUCGUGUACUGAAUUUGUAAUGCCCAUUUGUUCGAAUGGAAUUACUGAUAUGUUCGAAAUUCAACCAUGGAAUUUCCAAGCGUUUUCAGAAUAUUGUUUUGCUCAGUGGAAGGUUAAGCCACGACUUGAAUGGUCUUUCGUUGAAUUUGGAGGCAAAAAUAUAACCGAUCUUCGUUCUUAUUCGAAUGUUAUUUUCACCAACGGAAAUCUCGAUCCAUGGUCAGCUGGUGGCAUCAACUCAAGCAUUACUUCUAGUCUUCCAGCGAUUUUGAUCAAUGGUGGCGCUCAUCAUCUCGAUUUGCGUGCAGCAAAUCCGGACGACCCUGAAAGUGUUAUUAAGGCUCGUCAACAAAUAGUUGCAUUAAUUCAACAAUGGAUAUCUUAA